CGGAAGGCGUGUCGUAUAUCUUCCCGAUUGUCGCAAACUGGCUGUAACCCCAGUAAACUACAUCAAAUCAGCCUUAUUUCUCACCUAUGUUGAUGAUGAUGAAAAAAUAAGCGAAAUUAGUGCCUGCGAAACUUUUGAUCAAAUCGUAAAAUUUUGCGAAUCAUUAGAUGAAACGCUAUACUUUAUCGUAGAUCAGAUGAAUGCUCUGGACGAUUGUAAUAAUACUGGAAUUGACCUAGAGAAAAAGAUUCGAGUUAAAGAAAACCUCGAUAAAAUGUUUGCUGACCAUUUUUAUAUUAAGAGCUCUUCAGCAAACAACCAUGCAGUAUUACACCUUAGGCAAAAGCAGACUAAUGAAAAGAAAAUUGAACUUUAUGGAGGGUUCGAUAAGACUAAGAUGUCUUACAUUGAGGAGAUGGAAGAGUGGUGGAAGAAGCAUAAUUCCGUUUUACCA